AAAGAACAAAUUAAGUACGAAACGUCGUUUACAUCUGGAACCAAUCGGUCGGAUAGCCAAUCUCCACGUUUCUAUAAAGCGAACUCUGGAUGAACUUUAACUAAUCCAGAUCAAAAAGCCUAAAACCAUGCACGUGAAAAAGAUUCUAAUACCCACAAUAAUCGCCCUUAGCUUUGUCGGUCUUUGUUAUGGCCAAGAUGAGCCGGCUCCUGAUCCACCAUCUAAGGAAUCAGAGGAAAGUCCUGUUAACGACGGCGACACUCCUAAACCUGCUCCUGCUCCUGCAGGAGAUGGAGAUAAAGCCCCACCUAGUGACGGUAAAGGCAAAGAGGUGAAACCGGUCGCGAAUGAGUCUUCAAAAGUGGCUUCUCCGAUUACGCCCCCGUUGCCACCAUCACCGUUUACAGUAAUUCUGAAAAUCAUUCUUCCGGGCUUGGAAAUUCCGGCACCAUUGGCACCUGUUGCCUUGCUUGCUUUACUCGUGGGGUUUUUUACACCAGAGGUUAAUGUCAAAGUUAUUUCGUUUCUUCUGGCUGUUCACUUUUGCUCUGAUAUAGACCGAUAGGGUCGGUGAUUUGUAUUUUAUGGGUGAAUUUAAUGGAAUGAAAAGAAAUAAACAUCAAGAAUUAUUUUCUUGAUCAUACAUA